UAUGACUACGAAAUAACUCUUGCCGUAUAGUUAUAUGUGUAUAUAGUUUAUUUUGCAUUUGUGUUUGGGAGCUCAGUAAGCAAACGCUUCUCGUACGCGUCGUGUCGUUGUUGCCUGUCUCAGUGCUAAAAGAAGAAAAAAAAAAAAAAUACUAAACAAAACAAAAGAUUAAAGAUCAAAAUGAGUAAAGCUGGACCACCACCACCAGGAUUUCAUCCUCCUCCAUCCUAUAAUGACGCAAAUAUGCCACAACUACAACCAAAUGUUGUAAUUGUUGGAACCCCAACACGUGCAUUUGGACCCAGUUCACAACCAAUGACAUGUCCAUAUUGUCAGGCAAAUAUUUCCACACGUGUUGAAUCGGAAUCUUCAACAAAAACUCAUUUAUUUGCCCUAUUACUCUGUAUUAUUGGAUUUUGGCCAUGUGUUCCUUGUCCAUAUUGCAUGGAUUCGUGCUUAACUCAAAAACAUUUUUGCCCCUCGUGUAAUGCAUAUCUUGGACAACAUGAAAAUUAGUAAUGGUAUUUGAAGCCGGACAACAUCGCAAGUUCAUUCCACUGUUGUUACUAUAUAUAUAUACCUAGAUACAGUUCGAAUGACCGGGGAAAAUAUCCGUCUAUUUUAUAUAUAGAGCUCAAAUUUGCAACAUUUAAAAAAAUAAUUAAUAAAACUAAACUAAACUUUUCAAAAAGUAUUUUUUUAAAAAGAUAAUAGUUUAAUUUUUAAAUGUUGCAAAAUUUAGCUUUUGUCAAUUUUUUCAAAUACCUUUUACCCUCAAAUUGUAAUUUUAAUGUUUUAAUCACUGUCGUAUUUUAAUUUAAGCUGAUAACAAUCUCAUCCUGAUUAAUUAGUCAUUCGCAGUAAAUGAAAAAAAAAAGGAAAACAA